UGUCAAAAACCAAACACACACAAAUAACUGAUGAAGACUAUUAUGAUUAUGCAAUACAGUCAUAAAACCACAUGCAUGUCAUGCAUGUAAACAACCUAUGUUGUAUGUUUGUGUAUUUCGGCGCGUGAUGCAUCGUUUAUGUAUUUAUUGAACACUUGCCGAAACAGUUUUGCUUGUGAAUCUUUAGAGGCUUUGCGAAUAAAAGUGACGAAGGCUGGUUGAGUUCCAUGUUUGCACACAAAGCGGAUGCCAGAAAGGAUGCCCACUCCAAUCUGCUCUCCAAGAAAGAAACCAGCAACCUCUACAAGAUACAGUUUCAUAACGUGAAGCCAGAAUUUUUGGAGGCAUACAACAAACUGUCAGCUGAGGUCCACAAAGAGCUCCAUCGGGAUGAAGAUUAUCCAUGUGAGGUUGUUGGAAGUUGGAACACCUGGUAUGGGGAACAGGAUCAGGCCGUGCAUCUGUGGAGGUACUCUGGUGGAUAUCCUGCACUAACAGAGUGUUUACACAAACUGAACAACAAUACGGCAUAUCUUGCAUUUCGAAAAGAAAGGAGUAAAAUGUUGCUCUGUCGUCGGAACCAACUUCUUCUGGAAUUCAGUUUUUGGAACGAGCCUGCGCCCAGAACUGGACCCAGCAUUUACGAACUGAGAUCUUAUCGACUCCAUCCUGGUACAAUGAUCGAAUGGGGAAAUAACUGGGCUCGAGCGAUCAAAUACAGACAGGAGAACAAUGAGGCGGUGGGUGGUUUCUUCACACAGAUUGGUGAAUUGUAUGUUGUUCAUCAUUUAUGGGCUUAUAAAGACCUGCAGUCCAGACAGGAGACCAGAAACACUGCUUGGUUGAAAGAGGGCUGGGAUGCUAAUGUGCAUUAUACAGUGCCUCUUAUCCAGAAAAUGAAAUCAAGAAUUAUGAUUCCCAUGGAACAUUCACCAUUAAAAUGAUAGGUGUGUCACCUGUGAUCACCUCAUAAACACAACAGUGAGCAAAUGAGCAGAAGAGCAAAUGUGCCAAUGGUGAAGCCCAAACUGAGAUCUGUGAAAACAGAACAAGCUGUCUCUGUACAGGUGGAGAAAAAGUGCCUUGUGUUUUUAAAAUUAGGGAAAUACAGUGUUUUAAUCAUUGUUGUCUAUUGCAAUGCAUUACUCAGUGUGGAAGCCCUGUUGGCAUGUUCAUGUCUGUCUAGGACUGUUGUUAAAUUGUU